CCCCAUUGAGUGUUUUUUAACUAAAUUAACAUGGCUCGAAUGAACCGCCCCGCUCCUGUGGAAGUCACCUACAAGAACAUGAGAUUUCUUAUUACACACAAUCCAACCAAUGCGACCUUAAACAAAUUUAUAGAGGAACUUAAGAAGUAUGGAGUUACCACAAUAGUUAGAGUGUGUGAAGCAACUUACGACACUACUCUUGUGGAGAAAGAAGGCAUCCAUGUUCUUGAUUGGCCUUUUGAUGAUGGUGCACCACCAUCCAACCAGAUUGUUGAUGACUGGUUAAGUCUUGUAAAAAUUAAGUUUCGUGAAGAACCUGGUUGUUGUAUUGCUGUUCAUUGUGUUGCAGGCCUUGGGAGGGCUCCAGUGCUUGUUGCCCUAGCAUUAAUUGAAGGUGGAAUGAAAUAUGAAGACGCAGUACAGUUCAUAAGACAAAAGCGGCGUGGAGCUUUUAACAGCAAGCAACUUUUGUACUUGGAGAAGUAUCGUCCUAAAAUGCGGCUGCGCUUCAAAGACUCCAAUGGUCAUAGAAACAACUGUUGUAUUCAGUAAAAACGGGUGCCUGAUGCCAUUGCCUUGGAAGUGGAACUUGAGAAAGGACCUAAAUUGUCACACAUGUUAGCCAACAUACUGGCUUGGUGAAUAAAUCUAAUGAAGCUUCCAUAGGAGUAUUAAAAAGCAGUUUUACCAGGCCACAAGCUUGAAAGAAUUGCAACUUGUAUGUUUGGGUUUCGAUCAACCAUUUUGACACUUAGCAAAAGAUUCUUACUGUUCAGCUUUAAAAUGUGCUUAUCAUUUGUACCAAUUGACUUUUUCUGAAAUCAUGCAGUACUGAGUUAUAUCUUUAAAUCUAUUCCCAUGCCAGAAUCUUAUCAAUAUAUGAGAUUUAGAAAGAUUAGGUGCCAAAAUGUCCAGCACAGUACUUGUAUACUUUAGUAUCAUACAGAACUAAAAUCCCAGGAACUAGGAACACUCUGGACCUUAUGUGGUUUAUCCCUUCCGUCAUUUCAAACAUAGAAAGUAGGGCCUAUAUGGUUAUUUGCUCACUUUAUGUUUACAUCUCCCACAUUCAUACAAGUAUACAUCAGGUUUGCUCAACUUUUUGAUUUUUAUACCAAGUCUUAGUGAUUAUUUAAUGUUUUUCUAUAAAUCUCAUUUUGUGCUGUUAUGGAAAGCCUCCAUUUUGAAAAUCUACAUUGUACAGAAGCACAUGUCUUUAAUGUCUCCAGACAAAAAGCCUUACAGUUAAUUUUAAUGUUUGCACUUGGGGUGCAACUUAUAGGGAGGGCCUGAGCAAAGAGUGGGAGGGGGCUAUUAAGUAUUUUUAGUAAAAUGUUGCCUUUGUCUUGUGUGGAACACGUAGAAUAAUGCUCUUUAGUAAAUAUUUUUUUAAAGGUAAAGGUAGAGAUGCUUUGUUGUAGCUAAAAACAAUUCUUAAUCAUAAAAAUUCUGAAAUUCUUGUAUUUGUUUUCAUACAUUCUGAAGUUGUUUACCAACUUAUUUUUGUUUGAUGUGUGAUUUUUUUUUUCCUUCCUACCCUCUCUUGCAAAAAAAAAGUGGGUUUCUGCUAAUGAAUUGAGCAGACAUCUAAUAUUUUAUAUGCCUUUUGAGCUGUGUAACUUAAUAUUUGGAUACUUGAUAAUUUGUUUUAUUAUGUAAUUGAUAAAAUGGUGAUGUGUAUUAAUGUUAGUUCAACCAUAUAUUUAUACUGUCUGGGAAUGUGUGGUUAUAGUUCUGUGGGAGAAAUAAUUUGUCAGUGUUCACCAGCUUGUAAAAAAUCUAGUGCGAGAGCUUAAACAUCUAAAUAAAUAAUGAAAUGCAUUUAUCAUCACUGACAUUGUUUUGCUUAAAGUUGAACUUUAGAAAAUGUUAAGACUGAAUUGCAUUUCACUUAGAACCAUUUGAAGUAAAGUUUGUCUUUUUUUUUUUUUUUUUAACAAAUGAAAGAUUAAAUGAAGUUACCAUUCUAGUAAGCUUAUAGACACAAUUUGUUAGGGUCAUGAGAACUGUUUAAUAUUAAAAGUGCUUUCCAUUAUAAACUUUGCUUCUUAAAGGUUUAGGUAAUUUUGAACCACUGUGUACUAUUCUGUACUGAGGGGAAACUAUAUAAAGGGGAAGUCCUUGAUUUUCCCUGAUUCUGCCAAUUAAUAAUUGGCUUGGGGCAACCUCUGAGCCUUGGUUUUCUCAUUUACAAAUUAAAAAUUACAUAACUUUAUAGGUUUUUUAAAUUAUUUUGAACAUAAGUAUUUGGCACAAGAGGGUUUACUAAAUGUCUUAAAGGUUCUUUCAACAAUCUGAAACAUGUCUUUUGCAUACAUAGCUUAUGUUAAUCUAAAAGGGAGUUAAAUCAGAUAUCCUUGUCUGAUUUCUUUUUUUUAAAUAACAGUUAAAAAUAAAAGACUCAAAAUUUGAGUAGAAAACAAUAUCGUGUUUUAAAUACUCCUCUGUUCAUGGCAGUUUAACAUUUACUAUCCUCCAUUCUUGGAACUUAGAGAAGGGGCAGAAAGGUAAGAGGACGACCCCCAGGUAGCCUUGGUUUUUCAAAUCUUAUUUUGAGGUUUGAGCUAAGUUAUAUAACCUGGCUAAUUAUUUCCUGGUUUUGUUUUUGUUUUUUUAAAAUACACCCUGCUUGAGAAGUCACUUUUGUACAGAUUACUUACUAAAUGAUAAUUACAUAGCCCAUAACAACAUUUGUGUUUAUUGAGAGGAGAUGCCAUCAUGAUUGAAUACUCACCCUGGGAGAUUGCUUAUACCUGAUAGGAAAGAGUUGAUAACUUGUUCAUGGGAAGUUAUAAAGUGGUGUUCUAAAUUUUGGUUACUGGAUUUUGGACAGUGUUGCUUAAUAGGAUGAUGUCAAUAACUAGUUGACAAGGUUUGUUUAUAGGAACCAUAAUGUUGCUGACAUUGUGUAAUGUGGUUCCUAAGGCAAAACAAAAAUACAGUCUUUUAAAACAAGUGCCAUUGGCCGCUUGGCAGCACACUGCAAUCUUCAUUAUUCCUCCUAAGGCCACAUUAUCCUAGGACAGUGCUUUUUUAUUCACACACACAGCUCCAUGUCUAGAAGCAACCCAGCCCAGACAUGCGAUCAUUUCUGGUCACAUCCCCUUCCAGCCAAAGCACUUCAAAAGCUGGUCAUGGUUCUCCAACUUGAGUUCAGAAUCUCCAUCUCUGGGGUCUAUUUUAAAAUGCAAUUUUAUGGUAGAGAAUAUAAAAGAUGGUGUGCCCAGAUAUUGGUCACCAAUGAGCAGUACCCCAAGCCUUUCCAUAAUUGAGAAUACUUUCUAUUAAGUUUCAGGCAGUGUAGUUUCAAAUGAAUAACAUUACAUGUUAGACAUUGAAGUUCUUAAAGUUUUGAAAAAACAUGUAGAGUUUGCUGUACAUGUUUAUACUGUAUAUCCCCUGAUUCCUAAAAUUCAUCUUUACAUAUAAAUGGAAAUUAAAUGCUGGUUUAAAAAUGUCC